AGAUUUUCGCUUGGACGACGACAGGACCGAUCAGCCCGUACGGGUCGAAGAUCAUGGCCAUGUCUGAGGCCACGACACGCUUCGUGAUCACGGCAACGUCGUUCCACUAUGGCGAUCUGAAACGGAAACAGUCCGUACUGGGCUCCCAGAAGAGCCCGAGCGUCUUGACGGUUGCGUCAGACGUGUCCAGUUCUAGCAGGGUCCGCUCGUCGCGAAGAUGUUCCGGGACGUCGAGCAGGAUGUCUCGGGAGUUGGAAUGCCACUUUCGCAACGAAAAUCCGCCAGAUUCCAUCAGAUCGACCAUUUCGGCGACUAGCUCUUUUCCUUCAGCGACCGUGUGCGCACCUGCCAACAUGUCGUCAACGUAGAAGUCACGUUUGAGGACCUUGGCAGCGGAUGGGUGCGUCUUUUCUCCAAUCUCACCGAGUUUUUGCAAGCACUUGGUCGCUAAAUACGGCGCAGACGCCGUUCCGUACGUGACAGUGGUCAACUCGUAGAUUCGGAUGGGUUCGUCCACAUUGUCUCUCCAGACAAUCCUCUGCAGUCUCUGGUUGUCAGGCUGGACGCGAAUCAUACGGUACAUCUUGGCGAUGUCAGCGACGAUGGCAACAGCGUGGAGUCGAAAGCGUAGCGCAAUGUCCAGUAAAUCGUCCUGCACAACUGGUCCCACCAUGAGCGCAUCGUUCAGAGCAACUCCGGUAGACGUGCGACACGAGGCAUCAAACACCACGCGGAGCUUCGUAGUGGUGCUGUCCGGCCUCAAGACGCAGUGGUGUGGCAGGUCUGGAUUCGCUGACAGCCGCUUCUCCAAUCCCAGGAAGCGUUUGAUGGCUGUUGAUCUGGACUCACCGAGACGCUGGACAGCGUACUUCUUCUUGGGCAGCGUCACAACAAAUCUGCCAGUUUCGUCACGAACCGUCGUCUCCUCGAACAGCUGCUCGCACGUAGAUUCUUCGAUCGAGUGCGUGCUCUUGGUGCGGCACGUUUCCAGUUCCCAAAAUCUGGUCAGCAGCUCGUCGAUUGCCGCGACGGAUACGAGAGACGUCGAUUCUGGAACGCUGCCAGGAAGCCGGCCGGAAAUGAUCCAACCGAACACCGUGUUGUGCAGCAUGGGACCGUCUGCAGCUGGUUUUACCCGUUCGUCCGUCAGCAAGUCCAUGUAAAACUCGGCACCGAUAAUGACGUCCACUGGACCGGUUUUGUGGAACUCCGGAUCAGCCAGGAACAUCCAGUCAGGCAGCUGAAUUGUAGACGGGUCGAUGUACGAUGUCGGCAACGAGAUGUUGAGCUUGGGCAGCACGUGGAACUGCAUCUCCGACUCGUACGCUGAAAUCUGAUCGGAACGCGGACCGACAUCUGCACGCACGAGCUGGGUCGACACGCAACGGGAAGUUCCGAUCCCUUGGAUCGGCAAAUACGACGAUUGUCGCACGAAUUUGAGUCGUCGCGAGAACUCUCUGGUCAUCAGACAGUGCUGUGAGCACGAGUCAAGAAGCGCACGCGCUAGCAGCGUGUUUCCGAAGCGGUCUUUAAUGCGGAUGAGCGCGGUUGACAGGAUGAUGUUGUGUGUGGGCGUGACGGGUAGUGCAACGUAGUUUUGGCUAGUGGUUUGUGGCUGUGUGGUUUGAGAGUCUGUAGUCUGUAGGUUAGUCUGAUUAGCAGGUGCAUUGUUGGCUGGAGUGUGUGUUGUCUGAUUCGUGUUCUGUGGUCUGGGUUGUUGUCGCUGUACUGAGGUCGUCGCGGUCGGUCUCGACUGCUGUUGUGGAACAGAGGAUCUUAUCUGAUCGUUGUGCAGCAUCGAGUGGUGUUUCUGGUGACAGUGGUGGCAAGUUCCUCCUUCGCACGUCCGCGGGUAAUGUCCAGGCUUCAGGCAGUUUCUGCACAGCUUGUUUCUCGAAACAGCGUCGUUGCGCUCCGAGAUCGUCAUCUUCUGGAACUUGAAGCACCGGAACGGGGUGUGCCACGGGCCGCUGCAAAAAUGACACUGGUUGCUGCUCCGCACAGCAGUGUGACAGACUGCUGCUUUCGGAGGGCGCUGUUCCGACGAUUUCGCUUUCGCUCGUUUGAUCGACUGAAGAACCGAACAGUGGCCGCGCAGGUACUCCAGUAGAGCCUUGUAGGUUGGGACUUCCUUGCUGUUGUGGUGGGUCUCCCAAUUCCUAAGCGUGGCCGAGUCCAGCUUUGAGCACAGAACGUGCGCCAUAACCGUACUCCAGUCGGCAGUCUUUUCGCCCAUCUUGUCCAACAUCUGCAGAUUUUUCUCAAACUCACCGAGCAGGUGGCUGAGACCGUCGUACGACUCCUUGGUCAACGGUUCCAGAUCCAGAAUGACAUCGAGGUGGGCUUUCACGAUCAGCUUCUUGUUUCCGUACUCCUCCUCCAGUGCGGACCACGCGACGGAGUAGUUUUCUUCCGACAGCUCGAUGCCACUGAUCUCCAGCAACGCAGGACCAGAAAGAGACGAUUGGAGAUAGGUGAACUUGUCCAUCGUCGUCAGCUUCGAGUUCCGGUGGAUGAGACUCUUGAAGGUGUCACGGAAGGUCACCCACUCGCGCAGAUUUCCGCUGAAGUUCGGCAGAUGAAUGUCAGGCAGCUUGACGCGCAACGGAAACGAGGUAUCUGCAUCACCAACACUUGGAACAGUCUGCGCGACGUCCUUGACCGGCCGCUUCGCAAUCAGCAUCGCCUUGAUCUUGCAUAAUUUGUUGUCGAACUCCUGAACCACCUGUAGAUUGGCCUCUUCACGGUGUGACACGACCUCCUGCUUGACCUUCGGCUCCGCAUUCGCGAACUUGGCCGCAUCCUUUUCUUCCAGCAGCAACUCCAGCUUUGUCCGUAGGUCCGUGAACUCCUGGUACACGUCGUUCAGCAUUCCGAGCCGAACUUCCAGCUGGCACUCGUGUUCUUCCGCCUUGUAGUGCUCGACGAACUGGUUCAGCACCUCCAGUUUGUUCAGCAGGAUCUCCUGCUUCUUCCGCAAAGUCUGCAGAUCGCCCAUCGUGACCACUGAUCGCCAACUGAAUAACAUCCACUUCACUUUCAGAUUCACCGGAAACAGACAGAUCGACUCGACGUUCCACGACGCGACCGCGCAAGACAGAUUGCGAACUGUACGACCCAGUAUUGACAGCAGCGACAGGGGAAUCGACCAGAGAAUUCCAGAGGACCAGACAGAACAACACAACACUCAUGCAACCUGACCAGACUAAUAAAAACUCUCGUGCCAUUUUAUUUUCAAAAGCCACUUUAUUUCUCCGCAAAAGCCAAAACCACUCUACGAGCACAAUACUUCCCAAAAAUCCGUCCCGAAAGCUCCAGGCGCCAAUCAAUCACCGACUCCAACGAUGACGUCAGCCAACCGGUUGAGAUGGUGACGUCGCGACGCUUGCCAAAGCGCGCGCACACCGUGAGUCGCCGUGAGUUCCGCGAUGGCGAAAUCUUCUUCACCGCACUGCACUGGUCGUCGCGGCCUUUGUUCGACACGAACAAUUCACUUUUUAUGCACAAUUGUGCCACUGUUCAGCUCCGAUUUUGUGGGAUUUUUCCCGAUUUUUUCCGCACUUUUCACGGAUUUUCCGUGCACGCGCACCAAAACUGUCCAGGCGCGCUUCUGCACCGUUCACUUCAGGCCGCUCUUCGCGAGCCGGCCUACACUUCGCACUGAACUGUCCGUUUCGCGAAGUGUCCCGAACCUGGCCAGACCGGAUCCUUCGGAUCCGGUUCGAAGGACCAAAUGUUCGCGCGUGUGGUCGGUUCGGGAGAUUUCGGACGCUGAUUGAAACACUGUUUUUAAACUACGCGAACUAAAACAAUUUUAUUGCGCGAACAGAAAAAACGUUUAUUUUAAAACGCGUAACCGUCUGGCGUAGUCGGCAGUUUAUUUCUGACUAUACUCUAAAGGGGACAGUACAUGGGAUGCAAACCGGGGAGAGAUCAAAAAGAGCGAGAAUCACCACUGGCUCUCUUCAGAGAUGGGCCAGGGACAGACAGGGACAAAAUUACAUUUAUUUGUGGAUCACAUUUAGGCUGGUAAAAUUGUUAAUUGAUCUCUCGCACGAUCAAUGCUUACACUUCAAAAAGCGCGCGGAACGACACGGACUUAAUUAAAAAUGCGACCGAUUACCACGACAGCUCGAAUGAAGGGAAACCCUUUUUAAAAAGAUAAUAAAUUGAAUAAAUG